AUGAUUGAUAUACAAAAACGAAUUUAUUCGAAUUGGAUUGAACAACAGAAAAAAUUAUUGGGCGUAAAUAAUGAAGAGCAAAAGCGAGCACAAAUUCAACUUAUACAACAACAAAUUCAACGAGAUUAUGCUAAAUUAGCACAUUCAUUAAAGCAAGAACUUAUUAAUGGAUUAAAUAGUAGUGUAGAUAAGAUUAUAGCUGAAUUCAUAGCUGCGGAAGCAGCUAUCAGUGCGCAACGUACAACUGCGGCACUUGUGGAACAGCAACGUGAACAAGCAGCAUCUGUUGUUAUUAAUCGAAAUCCAUUUCUUUUCCAUCCUUUGUAUCAUUCUUUCAACGGUCAAUCUGGUCCUUUUCCAAAUCCAUUUAUACAAAAUAACCUACCAUUAACACCACCAUCACAUCAUCCACCCGGUAUUUUUCCGGCUGCUUCCGCACCUCGUACAACCUUCAAUCCAUUUGUUCCGCAUCUGAAAGCAGCAUCACCAGCUACUGCAGCAUUUCGUAAAAUGGAUGAUUUAAGUUCAUUUGCACCACGAAAGAAACGAUCCAAAGUAACGGAUUCGUCACGGAUAAAUAAAAUUCAACCAAUAGCUGCUGCUAAUCGUGAAGUAUCCUCACUUCCCAAUAGCGCCCGAUCUUCACCGCAACUAUCAUCAUAUUUUCCACCAACAAUGGUUGGUCAUCCAUUAUACGGUGGUGGUACAUUUGGUACUGAUGAUCAGGAUAGUCCAAUCAAUUCGGAUGAUGCAAGCGAUUGUGGGCCUUAUGAUGGAAGUAUUGGUGGAAGUUCAACUUUAACACCAAUGCAUUUGCGUAAGGCAAAAUUGAUGUUUUUUUAUACGCGUUAUCCGAAUUCGGCUUUAUUGAAAUCUUAUUUUCCGGAUAUUCGUUUUAACAAAAAUAACACCGCACAAUUGGUUAAAUGGUUUUCAAAUUUCCG